AUGAAUACAGAAAAAUUAAAAGAAAUUGGCAAGAUUUGCAUACCAGGAAUGCGAUUAAGUCCAUCAGACAAAGAACAUAUACCUGGCCCUGGGACAUACGAAUUAAAAGGAUACAUAUAUGCAUCUUUGGCGGGAGUUCUAAAACAAGAAGAAGAUCCAGAUACUAAGGCAACAAAAGUUUGUGUAGAUAGCCCUAGAACACCCAGUAUUUUGCCAAUGACUGGUGAUAUAGUAACAGCAAAAGUAACAGUAGUGAAUUCUAGACAAGUGCAAUGUGUCAUACUAUGUGUAGGAUCUUCAGUACUUGCAAGAUCAUACAGAGGUAUAUUAAAGAAAGAAGAUAUUAAGUGUACUGAUAAGGACAGAAUAGAUCCAUAUAAGUGCUUCAGACCUGGGGAUAUAAUAUUAGCAAGAGUGCUACCUAUGACUGAAAUACACUGGUAUCAUCUUUCUACGGCAGAAAAUGAACUUGGUGUUGUAAUAGCAACUGCAGAAGGUUCUCCUCAAGGCAUCACAAUGUUACCUAUAAGCUGGUCUGAAAUGCAAUGUCCAAAAACUCUUACAAAGGAACCAAGAAAAGUAGCUAGAGUAAUACCAGAAAGUAUCAAUCAAACACUGUUUACAGCAAGUGAUAAAGAAGAAAAAGUUCAAAAUGAAAAU